AUGAAGUUUUCCCGGGACCGCGGCUGCGACCGUGCCCGCGCCGGCCGCCGCCGGCCGCCCGCCCUCCGCGCCGCGCUGCUGCCGCCGCCGCUGCUGCUGCUGCUGCUGGUGCCGCGGGCCGCCGCCGCCCCGCUGCCCAACGCAGACUCCUCGGGGGAGGCCGAGCCGGACGAGGCGGCGGCGCGGCGGGCGGCGCUGCCCGACAGCCUGCGGCUGGCGCGGCUGCUGCACGCCCGGGCGGCACAGCUGCAGGACGAGAUGUGCGAGAAGUUUACCGUCUGCCAGAACAGCAUGGAACUGCUCCUCUACAACAACCUCAACCUCCCCAAAGUGACGGAGGAAGAUGGGUGUCUGCUCGCCGGCUUUAAUGAGGAUAAAUGCUUGAGAAAGAUCUCCAGCGGGCUUUAUACAUUUCAGACAUACCUCAAAUACGUACAAGAAACUUUUAUCAGUGAAAAUCAAAAUGUUGAAUCGCUAUCCUUUAGUACAGAGCACCUGGCUCGCACCCUAAGACAGAUGGUGAUCAAUCCCGAAGAAGUGAUCAUCCCAGAUGCAGCCACCCAGGAAUCCCUCCACACAAAGCUGAAGUCCACUACGGCCUGGACAGAGAAAAUCACCAUCCAGCUCAUCCUCCGAGAUUUUACUUCAUUUAUGGAGAAGACAGUGAGGGCCGUGCGCUAUUUGAAAAACACCAGGAGUUUCAGUGUUUGA